AUGGGACAAUACAGUUACAGCCAGCCAUCUUCAUCAUCAAACUCUGAAGACUUAACCUCCCUCAUUGAAGCCGAAGCUGAGAUGUACGCGGCUGAAGCUGAGAUUAGUCAGUGGAAUGCAGAAGUCAUUCACUACGAACCAUCACCAGAGGGUGAUGAUGGAAUCCCGAGGACAUGCUACUGUGGGUUGGAGCCUGUUCACGGAUAUUCCCAAACUCCUAAAGAUCCAUACCGACGGUACAUUACAUGCCCCAAUGCUGAUGAUGAAGACUGCCACGUCUGGAAAUGGUGGGACGUGGCGGUCGAGGAGGAGAUGAGGGACAUUCAGACGGAGCUUAGUGAGCUUAAGCUCAAACUAAUGUCAGAAAUGUUUACGCAUGUGGGAAGGAGUCACGGGUGCAUUUGGUCUGUAGCUGUUGUGGGAAGGAGUCACGGGUGUUGUAGGAGUCACAUAUGA